AUGCUGAUCCUGACAUGCCCCUCGAAGUUGCAGCUGCUGGAGGGUCUGCUACAAAGGACACUUCCCCAGACACUUCCGGUGUGUGGAGCAGUGAUGCACAUCAACCGUGGAAACCCAGCUCAGCACGAAGUGGUGGUCGACUCUUGGCCAGAAGUUAAAGUUGUCCUGACCCGCCCACGUAAGGAGGUGGUGAAAGACAACUGGGAUUACUAUGCCAACUUGCAUGCUACUUUCUACUGGGAUGUAGAUGCCUGCCGAACACUCCUGGAAAAUGCAGAAGCCAUUGACUGGAGCAAGGCCUUUCAGCUGCAAGGCCUCCAAGAUGGGCUGUAUGAAGCUGCUCGAGUUAUUGCCAAGGCAAGACACGUCAAUGUGAAGCCCUACUUCUACCAGCCAGCGCUGCAUCCAGACCCCUCUACCUACUGUCAGGGCCGGUUCAGAAGUGACCUCCUUCACUUUGGCACUCUCAACCCAUCUCAUGCAACCCUACUCAAUGAAACCUGGAGCAUCGGAGGCAAUAAUCGGAGCUUGCGCUAUCUGGAGAGCCUGAUCCGCUGUUUCCCUAGUGCUUGCCUGCUAGACAAGGGGGGGCAAUUGGCUGCCUGGAAUCUUAGUGAUCCAGUUGGGUGCCUGACACAUAACUACACCCUCCCUCAGUACCGGGGACAAGGCUGUUCGGGGGCAGUGAUACAGGCAACAGCUAGAAGAUUGCAUGCUAGUGGGUUUGCCCUAUAUGGCGGAUUUCUGAGAGAGAACGAGUCCAUGAGGAAGGGACUGAAGCGUCAGGGCUACAGUAUCUUGCCUUUGACAAAGUACUUGCUUUUCUUCACACCAGCCCUCAAGCCCCAAACAUAG